GUCAGCUUUCUGCGAAACCUGCCGCCGAGCGCCGAUCGAGCAACUUGCAGCUCCCCUUUCCGUCCUCUUCUCCUUUUCGAAUUCGCAAUUUCAUGGCGUCCUAAAGCCUAAAGGAACGCGUCGAUCUCGGCAAGUCGCCAACAAGUUGCCAUGGACACCCACCCACUGAGCCACCUGCUAUGAGAUAGUAUCGCGCUAGUGUACUACUACCAUUCCCGUUCCAUGCAUGCAUCGCUGGCGCUCCUCCUCCGUGCCAAGUUGCCAAGUUUAUCCGCGGCAUCAAUCUAGCUAGCUUUCAAUUCCAACUCACGUCUCACCAGCCACACCAGCCAGUUCGUCGUUCCACCCAUGGCUCCUCCGACCGCCGCCCGCCUCCCUGUCGUCGUAGCGCUGCUCGUCGCCGUGGCGGCGGCGCUCGCGCCCCUCGCGGCCGCGCAGCCGUGGGCGGUCUGCGACGCCCAGAGCGGCAACUACUCCGUGGGCAGCACCUACGCGGCCAACCUCCUGUGGCUCGUCUCCGCCCUCCGCGCCAACGCCUCCAACUCGCCCGCGCUCUUCGCGUCGGGCUCUGCCGGAGCCGGCGCGGGCGCCGUCUACGGCCUCGUGCUCUGCCGCGGCGACCUCAGCGCGUCUGACUGCUUCGACUGCGGCACCCGCGCCGGCGAGGACGUGCAGCGCGUCUGCAACCGCACCCGCGACGCCGCGCUCGUCUACAACCAGUGCUACGUCCGCGUCGCCGGCGCCGACUUCCUCGCCUCGCCCAACAACACCGGCCUCGUGCCCCUCAUCAGCGGCACCAGCAUCCCCGACGGCGUCGACGUUGCCGCCUACGACGCCGCCGUCACGCGUCUGCUCAACGCCACCGCGCGCCGCGCAGUGGACAGCUCGCCGCAGCCGUCGCCGGCGUCGGCGCCGAGGUUGUACUUCGCCACGGGGCAGCUGGUGGGGCUCGACCCGCAGGUCCCCAACAUCUGGUCCAUGGCGCAGUGCGCGGGGGACCUGUCGCCGGCGCAGUGCCGCGGGUGCCUCGGCGACCUGGUGGCGGCGUGGUGGAACGGGAGCAGGUUCAAGCCCAACGGGGAGGGCGCGAGGCUCGCCGGCUCGCGCUGCAACCUGAGGUCCGAGCUCGGGGACAGGUUCUACACCGGCGCUCCCAUGGUGAAGCUGCAGAUGAACGGCGACGCGACCGUUCCAGCGCCGGCGCCUUCGACGGAGUCUGUACCGGGCACUACGGGAGGUAAAACUAAUUCAGCUGGCAAACUUCUUGGAAUUAUAUUGCCAAUAGUGUUUGUCGCUGUAGUAGCUGCCACAAUCCUUUACGUCUGGAAUGUGCGUAUGAAAAGAAGAUCCCGAGGAACAAAGCUUGCCCGCCAAACCCAUGCAGCGGAGGACUUCGAAAGCAUCAAGUCAACAUUGUUAUCUCUGGCAUCACUGCAAGUAGCAACAAAUAACUUUGAUGAGAGCAAUAAACUAGGCCAAGGGGGAUUUGGUGCAGUUUAUAAGGGAGAUCUUUCUGGACAAGAAGUGGCUGUGAAGAGGCUGUCAAAGGGUUCAGAUCAGGGCCUAGAAGAACUAAGAAACGAGCUAGUUCUGGUGGCCAAACUUCAUCAUAAGAAUCUCGUUCGAUUGGAGGGUUUUUGUUUAGAAGAGGGAGAAAAAUUGCUCGUCUACGAGUACAUGCCCAACAAAAGCCUUGAUACUAUUCUUUUUGACCCUGAGGAAAAAAGACGGCUGGAUUGGAGGAAGCGAUUCAACAUAAUAGAAGGGGUUGCUCGAGGAUUGCAAUAUCUUCAUGAAGACUCUCAGAAGAAAAUUGUCCACCGCGACAUGAAAGCGAGCAAUGUUUUGUUGGAUGCAGACAUGAACCCUAAAAUUGGCGACUUCGGCCUAGCCAGGCUCUUCGGGCAAGACCAAACACGAGAUGUCACAAACCGCAUCGUCGGGACAUUUGGCUACAUGUCUCCUGAGUACGUGAUGCGUGGACAGUACUCCACGAAAUCGGAUGUGUUCAGUUUUGGCAUCCUUGUUAUAGAGAUAGUAACGGGGCAGAGAAACACCGGACAUUACUUCCAUGAGCAGAACGAAGACAUUAUAAGCAUCGUAUGGAGGCACUGGUCUGAGGGAACAAUUGCAGAGAUGAUAGAUGAUUCCCUGGGAAGGAACUACUCGGAGAGUGAGGUGCUAAAAUGCGUUAACAUCGGCUUGUUGUGCCUGCAGCAGAAUCCCAUGGACCGACCUGCAAUGUCAGAUGUCGUGGUGAUGCUAGAUGACGAUGCUACCAGUUCUUUGCCUCCUGCUGCAAGACCGACAUUUUUCUUGGAUCCAAGUUCAGGUUACUCUUACAAUUCCGGCACUGUUUCAUCGUAUCCUUCUGCCAGGUAGAGCAGUCUAGGCCGAAGGGCUAAGGCACACGGCGACGGUUUUGUGGAUAGCGAAAGAUACAUUGUUUCUGUUUGUUUCCCGUUGAGAAACUGGUGGAACUAAUUCACCACGAGUUGUAAUUUGUCCCUACCAUCAGAUUCCUUUGCUGUAUUC